AACGUACGAUCCACAAAAAGUAAACCCAAAGUAUCUUAAUGAACACCGCACGCUCGUCAUCACCAGUUUUCUUGUUCUUUUUCUUCUUCUUUAUUUCUCAGCAGGAAGAUUACGAGAGUAGACUCUUUCUACGGUUCUUUCCCUUCUAUCCGGUUGGUCGCAUCAUUCUAGCUUGUUGACCAGCAGUUUAGUCUCGAACUGCACGCGGAUUGCUUUACAUCGCCGGUUUUUUCGUCCCGUGUUCGCGGCACCUCCGUCAUCUCCUUGAGAUGUGCAACGGUGUUCUAUCGAUCCUCGUCCUCCAGUUCUUCGUCCUUUCCUCAGCCGAGCUCGAACUCUAUGAAGGCAGUCCAUGCACAUUGGAGGAUGGUGGACCAGGGGAGUGCAAACUGCUGCCCGAUUGUGCGGCCAGAUUGCAGGAGGUGAGAGAUGGCAAAAGAGACUCGGAAUCGUCAGGAAGGUGUGGGUUCUCCGAUUUUACGGAGAUCGUAUGUUGUCCCGUAAAUAUUGAGAAGAAAUCAGCUUCUCGUCCAGCGGAAGUUGCCUGCGAACAAUACGAUGGGAAUGUAACAAUAAGCGACGACGAUUUGAAUACAGUGACCUACCACGUAUUCAACGGUUUGACGGCUAGGGUCGGCGAGUUUCCAUACAUGGUUGCUUUGGGGUACAAUAGUCGGCAGAACAAUCUUUCAUCUAUCUCGUAUGAUUGCGGAGGGAGCUUGAUCUCGCCUCAACACGUGUUAACAGCGGCGCACUGUGUUAAAAAUCGGGACGAGAAGGUGCCCAUCGAGGUACGACUUGGAAACGAAGACCUACGAAGUGCCACAGAAACUGUGCAACGCAUCCCCAUCAGCGACAUAAUAUCACACCCGGAAUAUAGACUCAGCGCAGUUUACAACGAUGUGGCAAUUUUAAAAUUGAAAACGAAAGUAGCAUUUUCGGAAAGAGUUAAACCUGUUUGCCUCCAAACAAGAUCCAUAGAGGAAGUGACUAUAACACCAAGGGCAAAUUUUAUAACAGUUGGAUGGGGCCGGACUGAUGCACUCGAAGAUCCUUCACCGCAACUAAUGAAGACUUACAGUCUAAGUCUCAUAAAGCGAGAAGAAUGCAACAAGUUCUGGAACAAAACUAACAAAUUACCCCGCGGAAUCGACGAUACCAUGAUCUGCGCCAAGGACCCAAAUGCCACCAGAAGAUCGGACGCGUGUCAAGGUGACAGUGGAGGGCCACUAUUAAUGCUGUCGAAGUCAAAAAACUCUGUAAUCGGAAUCACAGCAUUUGGAUCAGGUUGUGGCAAUGAAGAACCAGGUAUUUACACCGGAGUUUACUCUUACCUGGAUUGGAUCGAAGAACACGUAUGGGUGAACAACGAACAAGAAGUCGAAACAAAAACUGUCGUCAAGACAGAAGCCGCCAGCAUAAAAAUUUCGAUAAUCUCUCAAUAAUUUUGAUUAUUUAAACAAAUCUGUUGCGUAAUACUCACGAAGUUGGCCAACAAUUCUAUCAUUUUUUAAGAAGUUGCUAUUUCUUUUUUAUAUAGUUAUUCAAAAUAAAAAGUUAGCAUGGCGAAGUGUGCGUCUUAGAGCUCGAACAAAGAACAAGGAGUAUAAACAUUAACAAAACCCUUUUUUAUUUAUUCACAUUCUGUACAAAUGUAUUUUACAUAAUGUCGAUAAUAUUGUAUCGUGGCAAUUUAGAUGUCGGGCGGUAUGUGCGGUUUUUAGAAAAGGAAGAAUUAAAAUGGACGGCGUUGAACUGUUAACUCGAGUGGAAAACUUGUAAUAACGCAUUUUAGUGUUUUAAUAAACAUAAAUUCUGGAAUAUGCUACUUCUAAAAAUCGUUAACAGGUUAAAGUAUGCAGAAACUUCUUUUGUACCAUAAAUAAUAAAUUUUGAAACACGCGGUA